UUUGAUCAAAUCCUUCAACUUAGACCGCUUCGCUGAAUAGCACUUUUUUGGAUACAGAAACAACUGUGUGUUGGCUAUAGCCACAACUUGCGAGGAGUUCCGUUGCCGCACAUCAAUACCCGAACGUUAAAAGGGAAGAGCGAGGCGAGGGGAAAAGGACUGACGGUACCCAGAGCAUCUUUCCGGGGCUAUCAGAGAUGGAGAGGGGAAUAAGAUUCAGCCCAAAUUGGCGCCGCGCUGCUUGUUUCCUGCCUUUGAUUCUGUGCUUUUUCGUUCCGUUGGCCAAAACGGAGAUAACUUGCAGAUCAUGCCAGCCCCUGGACAAGACGAAUUCGCGGGAAUUACUGCUGAAACUGGACACACUAGAAUUCGCAACAGGGUCCGGAGGGGAAGUUGUCGAAUAUGGAGACGGGGCAGCAGGUUUUAAUUCCGAGAGUGGUGAAACUCGCCGGUCUGAUUGCGCAGCUAAGUCAUCUAAAUGCGGCGCGGGUCAAGGGAAAUUCUCUCAUUCCAAGCGAAAGCGGAAUAUUGACAGGCACUAUUUGCAGAAGAAAUCCGUCCACGGAAGCGGGGCUAAUGAAGGGGGAGAAUCUGACAAAAGCCAGAAUAAAGUUGCACAGCCCCAGUUUAACGGUCGCAAGGUAGCAGCUUUCGGGAGAGCACACACUAACGCAACUCCCACUGCCCCCGAUAAAUUAUACACGCGCAGAUUUCGUAGGAGCAGCCGGGGACAGGAGAUCAGAAAUAUUCGUGAAAAGUCACCUGCUUCAUUUUUUUACACGGAGCCGCACGCGGACAACGUCCAGCGUGAGGGCACUGUCGUGCAGGCUGUGCGUCGGUUCCGCCGCUCCGACUCGCGAUGGAGAGGGGACGAACGGAGAAUGGCCAAUUCAAGGCAGGACGAGCUGAAACUUACCAGCUCAACCUUUGCAUUGACCGGAGACUCUGCCCAUAACCAAGCCAUGGUACACUGGUCAGGGCAGAACAGCAGUGUGAUCCUGAUGCUGACGAAGUUCUACGACUUCAAUCUGGGCAGUGUGACUGAGAGCUCCCUGUGGCGGUCAACCGACUAUGGGACCACUUACGAGAAGCUAAACGAGAAGGUGGGGGUGAAGACAAUCCUCAGCUACUUGUACGUCAGUCCCAACAACAAGCGCAAGAUCAUGCUGCUGACGGACCCGGAGGUGGAGAACAGUCUGCUCAUCAGCACGGACGAGGGGGCCACGUACCAGAAGUACCGCUUGAGCUUCUACGUCCUCAGCCUGCUCUUCCACCCCGAGCAGGAGGACUGGAUUCUCGCCUACAGCCACGACCAGAAGCUGUACAGUUCUAUGGAGUUCGGUAGGAGAUGGCAACUGGUUCCACAGCGAACGCCCAGCCCCAAUCGAUUUUACUGGUCAAAGAUGGGAGUGGACAAAGAGGCGGGACUCAUUCACCUGGAGACCAGCGUCUCAGAAACACAGGCCCUGUAUGUCACCUGUAAGCUGCAGAACUGCACUGACGGCAACAAGGGGAAGCCGUUCCCCGGCUACAUUGACCCCAACUCCCUGGUGGUCCAGGACGAGUAUGUGUUUGUUCAGGUUACCACGGGUGGGAGGACCAUCUACUACGUGUCAUCGCAGCGGGACGUGUUCACCCCGAUGAGGCUCCCGAAAUAUACUCUGCCCAAGGACCUGCACGUGAUCAGCACGGAUGAGAAGCGGGUUGUGGCAGCAGUGCAGGAGUGGAACCAGAACGACACCUUCAAUCUGUACGUGUCGGAGUCCGGCGGCGUCUACUACACCCUGGCCCUGGAGAACGUGAUGAGCAGCAUGGGGCCCGAGGGCAAUGUCAUGAUUGACCUCUAUGAGGUGGCAGGAAUUAAAGGCAUGUUCCUGGCAAACAAGAAGCAGGAGAACCAGGUGAAGACCUACAUCACUUACAACAAGGGCCGCGACUGGAGACUGCUGCAGGCGCCUGAUGCCGACCUGAGAGGCAACAGCAUCCACUGCAUGCUGCCCUACUGCUCUCUCCACUUGCACCUCCACGUGUCGGCCAACCCGUACACAUCAGGAAACAUUGCCAGCAAAGAGUCAGCCCCCGGCAUCAUCAUGGCGUCAGGCUCUAUCGGUGCUGAGCUGAGCAGCAGUAACGUCAGCAUGUUCAUCACCUCUGAUGCGGGCAACACGUGGAGACAGAUUUUCGACGAGGAGUACAGCGUGCUCUACCUGGACCAAGGGGGAGCUCUGGUGGCCAUCCGACACACUCCACUUCCCAUCAGGCACCUUUGGCUCAGCUUUGAUGAAGGCAGGCUGUGGAACAAGUACAGCUUCACGUCAUCUCCUCUGUUUGUGGACGGUGUUCUGGGGGAGCCUGGAGAGGAGACCUUGAUCAUGACGAUCUUUGGUCACGUGAGCCACCGUUCUGAGUGGCAGCUUGUGAAGAUCGACUUCAGGUCCAUCUUUAACCGUCGCUGCACUGACGGAGACUACCAGACCUGGCACCUACAGAACCAGGGUGAGACAUGCCUCAUGGGGGUGAAACGCAUCUACAGGAAGCUGAAGCCGAUAGCCCGGUGUGUUAUGGGUAAAGCCAACUCUGUCACCAUGAUCUCGGAGCCAUGCGGCUGCACUGAGUCCGACUUCGAGUGCGAUUAUGGCUACGAGAGGCGAAGUGACGGGAAGUGCUCCUCUGCCUUUUGGUUCCUGCCGUCGUCCAUGUCGAGGAGCUGCACAACGGCGAGCAGCUUCCUCAACAGCACGGGUUACAGGAAGGUUGUGUCCAAUAACUGCACGGGUGGUGUGGUGGACCUCUACACAGCUCGCAGGCAGCCAUGCCCCCGCAAGUCCCCUAGGGGGCUCCACCUGGUCACCAGUGAUGGCUCCCUCACUGCCACCGUCAACAGCAACGUCACCUUUCUGGUGUUCCUGGAAGAGGGCUCUGGUUCACGCACCACCAUCAUGCUGGACUUUGGCAACGGCAACACCAUCACCUACUCCAACAUCAGCACGGUGGAGGACGGCAUCAAGCACGUGUACCGGAGCGUGGGCAUCUACCGCGUGGCGGCCACCGCCCGCAACGACCUGGGCGCCGAGACGGUGGUGCUCUACCUCCACGUGACCUGUCUGCUGGAGCACAUCCACCUGGCCGCUCCCUUCGUGGCCGUCAAGAACAAAGAGGUGAACCUGACGGCCGUCCUCUGGCCCAGCCAGGUGGGCACAGUCACCUACAUCUGGUGGCUCGGCAACAACAGUGAGCCAGUGAUUACACUGGAUGGAAGCGUGGCCUUUACCUUCUCCAGGGAAGGCGUCAACGUCGUCACUGUGCAGGUGUCCGCCGGGAACGUCAUCCUGCAGGACAAGAAGACCAUCGCUGUCCACGAGUACUUCAAGUCCCAUCUGUUGGCCUUCUCCUCCAACUUGGACGAGCACAACCCCGACGUGGCCGAAUGGAGACUGGACGUCAGCCGGGUCAUCAGGAACUCAGUGGUUCAAGCCACAGGUAUAGACCGGGAGCUGCUGCUGGUCACCGUGUUGCCGGGGCUCCCCACGACGGCCGAAUUUUUCCUGUUGCCGGACAAGCACAUCACCGAGGGCAAGCCCGAGAAGACCAGCACACACCUGGACGAGCUGUCUGAGAUGGUAUUAGGAGCCCUGAAUCAGAACCUGGUGCAGUUCACCCUGAGGCCAGGAGUCCAAAUCACUGUCUACGCUGCUCACUUAUCCGCAGCGCCUCUAGUGGACACCAGUGAGAACCACAGCGGCUCGGCCAUGCUGAUGCUCCUGUCGGUGGUGGUGGUGGGUCUGGCCGUCUUUGUCAUCUAUAAAUUCAAGAGGAAGAUCCCAGGCCUCAGCGUCUAUGCACAGAUGCAGAACGAAAAAGAACAAGAAAUGAUCCAGAGCCCCGCGAGCCCCGCUGUGGACGCUGGCGCCGUCGCCACGGCGACGACGACACCCACAGCGGCGGGGGCGGGGGCAGCUCUGCGUGCGGCGGUGGUGCCACCACGCCCGCCGCGGGAGUUGGCAGCGUCCUCGCUGAAGGCUCUGGACAUGGAGCUCGUCACUCAUCCCAUAGAAUGCAUUAAAUCUCAUUCACGAGUCAAAUUCUCAACAGAACUCCCCACGUACAUUGACGUCUGACGCCCUGGGUUCCACCCCGACAGAGAUAUCCUGUUUGUGUUCACGGACUUGUGGUUCUGACACAAAAAGGUUUUAAGCUUUAUACCUGUGCAUGAUGGACACUGCUGACACUAACUGUGCUCUGUGAAUACCAGAUUAAAAACUCUGUACAGGUUUCUUUUUUUUUUUUACAUACAUGUCGUUUCAACAAAAAUGAAGCAUUUUUGCUUACAUUUAUUUAUAAAACUAUAAAGUACAUACUUCAGCAGAAGGAGAAGGACAGCAUGUACUAUUUAAAAAGAAAAAGAACAAAAAAAGGUUCGCUACUGUCUUAGCAUCUCCUUGCUUUAUUGUGUUGCUAAUAAUAGCAAUACAGUAUUUAUUCCUGAGUAUAUAUUAAAUAAAAGUCACAUUUAUUUUGUAAAACAUGAAUGUGUAUGCGAGAUAUUUGUGUAUUUUAAUAACAGACUAAACUGAAAUGCUAUCAGUUGUGUUAACAAUGCUGAAAAAAAAGUUACGUUUAAACCCACUGUCUCAAGGCGAAACUUUGUGGCACAAAAACUCUUACUCCCGCAAUUUUGUUUUUAUUAUUAUUUUAUUUCAUUGUUUUAUAGUGUUUGUGUUGAUGUUAAUAAUCAUAUUACAGGGUCUAAUACCUUUAUUUAUAGUCUCUUGUGUUGUUGCAUUCUGCUGUAAUUUGCUACUUGUACAAUCUGUGCUCUAAUGUGUCUCAAAUUACAACAACAGAAUUAGAUCAUUGAGUCGCAUAACGCCAUCUUUCAAUUAAUAAAACUUCUUCACUGGAACAAGG